AUGGGGGGUCUCAGGCCCUGGGCCCGGUAUGUGCUACUGGUGGGGGCCCACCUUCUCCUUCUGGGGCUUGGGGCCGCGGUGCUCCAGGGCCUGGAGGGACCCCCCGCCCGCCAGCUCCAGACCCAGCUCCAGGCUGAGCUGGCCACUUUCCAGGCACAGCACGGGGCCUGCCUGCCCCCCGGGGCCCUGGAGGAGCUGCUGGGUACCGCCUUGGCAGCCCAGGCCCACGGGGUCUCCAGCCCGGCCAACGGCUCCGAGGCCGAGACGUGGGACCUGCCUUCAGCCCUGCUCUUCGCCGCCAGCAUCCUGACCACCACGGGUUACGGCCACAUGGCCCCACUGUCAGCCGGUGGAAAGGCUUUCUGCGUGCUCUAUGCAGCCCUGGGGCUGCCCGCCUCCCUGGCCCUGGGGGCCACACUGCGCCACUGCCUGCUGCCAGCGCUCGGCCGCCCCUGCGCCUGGGUGGCCGGCCACUGGCAGCUGGGCCCGGCCCGGGCUGCACUGUUGCAGGCGGCUGGGCUGGGCCUCCUGGUGGCCGGUGUGUUCGGGCUGCUGCCAGCGCUGGUGCUGUGGGCCGUGCAGGGUGACUGCAGCCUCCUGAAGGCGCUCUACUUCUGCUUCGGGUCACUCAGCACCAUUGGCCUGGGGGACCUGCUGCCCAGCCGGGGCCGCGGCCUGCACCCCGCGCUAUACUACACUGGCCAGCUGGCACUUCUCGGGUACUUGCUCCUGGGGCUCCUGGCCAUGGUCUUGGCAGUGGAGACUUUCUCAGAGCUGCCUCAGGUCCGGGCCGUGGUGAACUUCUUCGGAGCAGGAGGCCCAGAGAGUGCUGAGGACCAAGCUGGCAUCCUCGGGCAGGAUGAGCUAGCUCUGAGCACCCAGCCACCUUCCUCCACAGCACCGGGACAAGCCCUGGCUAGCUAG